AUGACGGACGCCCAAGGCGAUCGCCGUCCGGAACAGUUGAAUAAAUUCGAGAAGCUGACAGGCAGGCCGCUUCACGGUAAGCAGACGCCUGCAGAUCGAUCAACAACAUUAGCACGUCACCGUACGCCCCCCGCCCGCAGUGGCCACCGCUGUGUUGCUGACAACACAAACCUCUAUGUCUUUGGGGGCUACAACCCAGAUUACGACGAGUCAGGUGGCUCUGAGAACGAAGACUAUCCACUGUUCCGAGAGCUUUGGAGGUACCACUUUGCAACGGGUCGAUGGCAGCAGAUUCAAACAGAGGGCUUUGUGCCCACAGAGCUUGCCUCCAUGUCAGCCGUGUUGCAUGGUAACAAUUUGCUGGUGUUUGGCGGCACCGGGAUCCCCUUUGGUGAGAACAACGGGAAUGACGUCCACGUUUGCAAUGUCAAAUACAAGCGGUGGUCGCUUCUCAAUUGUCGCGGGAAGAAGCCCAACAGAAUCUACGGACAGGCGAUGGUCAUCAUAAAUGGCUUUCUCUACGUGUUUGGGGGUACAACGGGGUACCUGUACAGUACAGACCUGCACAGGCUAGACCUGACCACCAGGGAGUGGAACCACCUAAAGCCCAACAACCCUCCUGAUGACCUACCCAAGGAACGGUACAGGCAUGAAAUAGCACAGGACGGACAGAGGAUCUACAUACUAGGAGGAGGGACCUCCUGGACAUCUUACCCUCUGGACAAGAUUCACGCGUACAACCUGGAGACUAAUUCCUGGGAGGAGAUUGCUACAAAACCUCAUGACAAAAUAGGGUUUCCCGCUCCUAGGAGAUGUCACAGUUGUGUUCAAAUACGAAACGAUGUAUUUAUUUGUGGUGGCUACAACGGUGAGUUGAUACUGGCUGACCUGUGGAAGAUCAACCUGCAGACAUUGCAGUGGAGUAGGUUGCCCGCUAUGAUGCCUGAGCCCGCCUACUUCCACUGCGCUGCCGUUACGCCGACGGGCUGCAUGUACAUCCACGGCGGUGUGGUGAACAUCCAGGAGAACAAGAGGACCGGUUCUCUCUUCAAGAUCUGGCUAGCCGUGCCGACCUUGCUGGAGAGAUGCUGGGAGAGGCUCCUCCAGGCCUUCCCCCACAUCGCCUCUCUGCCCACCACGCAGCUGCUCAACCUGGGGCUCACACAGGAACUCAUCGAGCGCUUGAAAUAA